AUGCGUAUCGUCAACUCUGACACAAAUAUUACCUCGAAAUUUCCAAUUUUCAAAUAUAAAAGACAUUGGAUGGUAAUUAAUAUGUCAAUCGAAAAAAUGACGCACAAGGACAUUUUAAAUAUGAACAUCAGUGAAUUUUGCUUCAAGUAUAAUUACUGGAAUACAUUUAUGCUAUACGGAAUGGCUUUGUGGCCCAAAAUUCCAAAAAAAUUAAAACACGCUUCGAGAUUGAGCAUCGUUAUAACUUACACAUUACUCAUAAUGUCAGGUGGAAAGCGUUUCAUGAGGCAUUAUAAUGAAAAGCAAUUAAAUACUACGCUAUACGUCGACUAUAUUUUUCAAACAAUGACGGCGAUGACGUGCUUAAUUUGUUAUAUUGCAAGCAUGACCUAUGACCAUUUGAUUUACUCUUGUUUAGGAAAAGUAAAAGACGUGUUUUACGAAAUAUCUAGAGCAAAUGCAAGACAUCGUAUGGAAAAUGCCUAUAAGAGAGGAGUUUUAAUGUCUACGAUUUAUCUAGUGAUGAUAUUCGGAUGUUUUGUUGGAUUCCUCGUGUCUCCUGUAAUUCUUCCAAUAUUUUUGAACUAUAUUGAACAUAAUAACACUCACGAAUUGGCUCUUUGUAUUCAUAUAGACCUUUUUAUAAACGAGGAAAAAUAUUUUUUAGUAUACUUCUUAGUGGCACUUUACUUGGUAAUUUUAACAGGAAUGUUAUGCAGUGUCUUUAAUGGCUUUGAAAUAUGGGUAAUAUCGGUCAUCAUUGCGAUAUUUGAGUUCAUAGGACACAAUCUGGAUUCAAUUAUUCAAGAUCUAAGGAUUAAUGGAUACAAAAACGACAAUUCCACAGAAAUUUGCAAUAAACUUAAGAUUAGCAUUAAUUAUCAUCAGAAAAGUAUAAAGAUUUAUGAGAUGUUGAAUCAUAAUUCCAAAGUAGUGCUUUUCACGAUUAUGGCCCUUUUAUUAUUCAGUCUUAGUGUAUCUGGAUCUGAGGUAGUAUUACAAAUGAAAAUCGAUACCGCAACGACGGCGAGGAUGGCAUUUAUAUUUUUCGCAUCCUUGUUUUUAUUAAUUUUCAUUAGCUAUCCCAGUCAAAUCUUAGUUAUAGCUAGCGAAGAUUUAAGGAUAAAAUGUUAUGCAUGUAAUUGGUACGAGUUUCCACCCAAAGCGAGACUUCUAUUAUUAAUGAUGUUAUUGAGAACUUCGAAACCAUGCGUUAUGACGGCUGGACCUGGAGUUCCUAUGAAUUACGAAACCUCAAGCAAAAUUUCAAACAUGGCUAUGUCGUUUGUUACGGCCUUGAUAUCUUUGAACGCUUAAAUAAUCACAUUAACAAUCACAAAUACAAAUGUAGUACAAUAUGUAGUAUUAUAGAGCAAUUUAUACACAUUACAUAUUUUUUCAAUUUUACUUGGUGAAAAUUCUCAACAUUAAUAAUGACCUAAUGAUAA